AUGGCAGAUUCAUCAGCAGGAACCGUUACCUUCAAGAUCGUUCUGGCAUCAGAUUCCAGCCAACCGUAUAAAGUGCUAUCAGUUCCGGAAUCGGCUCCAUUUUCGGCCGUCAUCAAAUUUAGCGCGGAAGAGUUUAGGCUUAAUCCUGCCACUUGCGCGUGCAUCACAAGCGAUGGUAUAGGAAUAAAUCCAACUCAAACUGCCGGAGCCGUCUUCCUCAAGUAUGGGUCGAAUCUGCGCCUUAUUCCGAGAGAUCGCGUAGGAAGCAUAUAA